UCACGUGUGAGCGUGUCAUGUGAUAAAUGACUUGAAAUUUCAGCUGUUUUUUUUCGUGAUGAUGCGAUGAAAAGAGGGCAUUUUACUUAUACGUUUUAUAUCUGUCUUAACUCACCUGUGAGGUUGUAAGAGGAGUAUGCUGCAACACACAGAGCUCUGUUGAUUACAGCUGAACUGUCGUUGCCUCUCUGAAGCCAUCUGCUCACAAUGACUUUGCAGAUGGGGGUCCUGUUCCUGGCUCUCCUGGGCCUGAGCGCAGCGCUGAUCUGUCCUGAUGGAGGCAUGUGUGAAGAUAGAAACACCUGCUGCAAGGACACCCAGGGAGGUUACGGCUGUUGUCCGCUGCCACAUGCAGAAUGCUGUUCGGACCACCUCCACUGCUGCUACGAGGGGACGGUGUGCGAUCUGGUCCACCAGAAAUGUGUUAAUAAAACUGUUUCACUUCCGCUGAUGAGGCGCCUUCCAACGAAGCAGAUGUCCUCUGGCUCUCGGCUCAUGGGCGGACUAAAGGCGGUCAUGUGUCCAGACCAUGAGUCCGAGUGUCCAGAUGACACCACAUGCUGCCAGCUUUAUGAUUCCUCCUGGGGCUGCUGUCCGUUGCCCAAGGCGGUUUGCUGUGAGGAUAAACGUCACUGCUGCCCCGAGGGAUCAAAGUGUGAUCUCGUCCAAUUAAAGUGUGUUCCUCCGUCGCUCGAGUCUUUCCCAAUGCUGGAAAAAGUGCCAGCCAAAAGAGCAAAGAGUAAGCCAGUUUCUGCUGCAGUUCCGGUGAUUUGUCCUGGUGGAAAAAGCAGCUGUCCAGAAGCGUAUACAUGCUGCCUGCUGACCAGCGGCGACUACGGCUGCUGCCCUUACCCAGAGGCCACGUGUUGCGACGAUCAUCUCCAUUGUUGUCCCAGCAACACAACAUGUGACUUGAAGCAUGACGUCUGUAAGUCUGCAGGGGCAAAUGUGGCGCUGGCUAAAACAAUUCCUGCCAUGUCCAGCGACGUGGAGUGUCCCGAUAAAUCGUUAUGUCCUGACCUGACGACGUGUUGCCAGUUGACCAACGGAUCGUUCGGCUGCUGUCCUAUGCCCAACGCUGUCUGCUGUUCAGAUCACACACACUGCUGCCCUUCGGGCACAAGCUGCGACCUGGAACACAGCACCUGUGUGUCCGUCCAGGAGAAAACUCCUGCACCCAUUAAGAUACAACCUACUGUAGCAGACAAGGGGGCAACGCAGAGCAAAGUCAACGCUGUUCCCUGUAAUGCCUCUGUGGCCUGUGCUGACGAGAACACCUGCUGUAAAACACCAGAAGGAGAAUGGGCCUGUUGUCCUUUACCUCAGGCUGUGUGCUGUAAGGACCACCUGCACUGCUGUCCCAACGGCACCGUCUGCAACCUGGAAGCCUCCAUGUGUGACCAUCCCUCAGGAACGGCUCUGAUGCCGCUGCUUCCAAACACGCCCGUCUUCCCUCUGCUGAUGGAGAACGACAAGUGUGACGAGUCCACGUCGUGUCCCGGAGAAGCUACCUGCUGCAAGACGGAGAGUGGGGAGUGGGCCUGCUGUCCUCUGCCGAAGGCUGUUUGUUGUGACGACCACAUCCACUGCUGUCCUCACGGCUUGGUUUGCAACUUGGAGGCUGAAACUUGCGAUGACCCUUCUGGCGCCGCUUCGUCAUUGCCCUUGCUAACCAAAGUUCCCGCUCUGACCGGCGGAGCUCGGCGGGAGAAAAUCUCGUGCGACGCUCAGACCAGCUGCCCCAGAGACACGACCUGCUGCUUCAUGGAGAAGAGCCACAAAUGGGGCUGCUGCCCCCUGCGAGAGGCGGUGUGUUGUAAAGAUGGAAACCACUGCUGCCCCAGCGGACACACGUGCGACCCCCAACGGUCCUCCUGCUCCCGGGGCCCUCACCAGAUUCCCUGGUUCAGGAAGCUGGAAGCUCAGACGGCGCCGACUGACGUCAAAUGUGACGACAAAAGCAGCUGCGCUUCGGGAACGACCUGCUGCAAACUGCUGAGCGGAGAGUGGGGCUGCUGCCCUCUGGUGAAGGCGGUCUGCUGCGCCGACCAUGAGCACUGCUGUCCUCAGGGCUACACGUGCAACAUGCAGACAGGAACAUGUGAGAAGAAGGGCUACGGUCUGCAGUUCGCUGUCCCCUCACUGAGCGAAGUGGAACAGUCCGAGCUGCGCGCGGCAGAGGAGGAUGCAGACGCGCCAUGUGACGGCACCGGGGCGUUUCGCUGCCCCAGGAAAUCCACCUGCUGUAAGAUUUCUGCGACCGAGUGGAGCUGCUGUCCCUCUGCCAUGGCUGAAUGCUGCACAGACGCAAAGCACUGCUGUCCCUUCGGGUAUUCGUGUGACCUGAAGUCUGGCGGUUGUGCCCGGCGGACCCGGCUGACCUGGGAUUCUUUCCUAGGGAGCAGACCUAGAGACGCUGUCCAUCAUGGACUCUAAUCUGGCUGAGUCGCAGUGAUGUGCAGCCCUGAAUCCGUUUCAACUAUCCGUUACUCAUGUUGCUGUGGACUGAGUGGGAUUCAUCCCAACGUCCUAUUUGACUUCUCUGAAGUGCAUUCAAGUGUUUUUGGUUGUUAAAAUGUAGCAUUGGGGAAGAUGCUUUGGUUUGUGGGCUUUUUUUUUUAUUUUUUUUUUUAUUGAGCUGUUUUGGAGGAAACCCCUCUCCAUCCAAACCUGUUCAACACCAACUGGAAACCAUUUAAUUUUCUGCAAGUCACUCCAGAUGUAGAAGAUACUUUUCUCUGCAGCAUUAAGAGAAUGCAGCAGAUUCAUAUUUUACAUUCAAUUAGCUUUCAACGCCACAACCUUAUACACUCUGUCUGCAUUGACCACUACAAGAUUGUUUUUGUUUUUUACUUCUAUGUACUAUUAGGAGGCUAGAGUGAGAAUGCAAAUACUUGAAAUAAAAAGAUGGAAAACUGGGA